AUGGCUAAGACAGGCAAUGCGGCACCACAAGAUGUGGCAGCUCACGGCGUUUCUCCAUCUCGAGAUGCGGCCAUUGGACCUUCACAGAACGAACAGGCAAUAUCCUCGAGGCAACAUCCCAAUGGGGACAUUAUCCAUUCACUAGACAUGUCCGCCAUCCGUGCCAUGCCAACAGUGUAUUUCAUCCGAACGAUCUACAUGGCAAUCAUGCUCAUAAAGCUCCAUUUCGCCGCCAUAGAGCAAAAACAAACGGAUGAUACGAAACAACACGCCGACUGCAACCUUCAAGUCUCCGAGUGGUUGGAAGCGCUGAUUCAGAUGUUCGCGGGAUGGGGCGAACUAUGGCCUGCAGCGAGACUGACGAUGGUUUUCAAAAAGCUGAAAACGUGCCAAUUGCAAGCGAUCACUCCAACCACUCCAGAAACUUCGUCACCCAACUCAUUUCCUGCAACCGCCGGAAAUUCCGUACCUUCAGUUCUCCCAGACUUCUCAUCAGUGCCACUCAUCUCAAUGGAUUUGGACCUGGACCAGAUGUUCCCAGAUGCCAUGCAAGGCUUUGACCUUGAUUUUGAUGAUCUCAGCAAUAAUGCUUUAGGAUCGCCACCAGACAAGGGGCUUGCUGUUGGCGGUUCGGCUGGUAAUGAGGCCCUGAAAACGGACAUUUGUCCGCGGAAUGGGCAGCUAUAUUCAAGGGUGUCUCACCUCCUGUCAUCAAUGUUGGUGUUGAAGUAA